GCCUGUAGUCAGCUGGGAUAGGCUCCAGCUUGCCUGCGACCCUGUAGGACAGGAUUAAGCGGCUACAGAUAAUGAGAUGACUUUAUUGCACAACUGGGAUGGAGAAGUAAAGCUCACUACUGACCUCUAGUGGAGAAUAAAAUAUACCACUGCAAAUUUGUCACCUGUACAAUGCUCUAAUAGCCAGCCACUGCAUUGCAGGUACAGACGCUCAACAAUGAGAUUAUUUAUAAAAUAAAUAUUUUCUGAACGAAUUAAGUGAAAUUGAACAAUUUUCCACGGCACACCUGAUGAUCUCUCACGGCACACUGGUGUGCUGCGGCACAGUGGUUGAAAAACACUGCUCUAAUUUACUGUAGUCUGCUUUACAAAGAAAUCUAAUUCCAUUAUUAUUUGAACUCCAGGUGAAGUCUGUCUUCAUUAAUAUACAGAAAGUAACAUUUUAUUACAGGCUGUAAAUAAAAUAUAAACCUGAUUAUAUUUUCCCUCCAGAUUUCAAACUGUUCCAGCUAAAGAACCCCUUUUCACUGAUCUUUUAAAGCCAAGAAUAUCGUUAAAGGAACAAAACUAUAAAAUGUGUACAAAAAAAAGGAACAAUGACAAAUACGGUUCACAUAAAUCUUGUUAAUUGUGUGAAGUGUGUGAACAGAAUAUUCACUGCAUUUCAGCAUUAAAGAUGAUUUAGUUGUUUAUUUCUUACCCAUCUUUAACACGGCUGUAAAACCCCUUCACUGCGCUGGAUGCCGACUGAAACCCAAAAUGCAGUGCCACAUCUUUACUCACAAACACCUACAUGACACACAGGAAUAUACAUGUUUAUAUUUUAAAACAUUUCACAUAAUGUAGCAAAGUCGGACUGGAGUAAAGUCGGACUGGAGUAAAGUUGGACGGUAGUAAAGUCAGACUGGAGAAAAGUUUGAUAGUAGUAAAGUUGGACUGUACAACGUCUCCAUGGGAGAAAAGCUGAUAGAGUGAGGGACGGGUUUUCUCAAUCUCCACAGAGGUAGUGAUCCUGUUCUUCUCCUCAUGUGUGGCCUUGUAGCUUUUCACCUGCUCGAUCAUCUUCACCUGUUCAUCAGCGUUACGACCCUGAACACACACACACACACACACGCGCGCACUAAAAAACCCAUGUAUAUGGUGCCCUGUGCCCACAGUUUGGUACGGUUACUGAUCCCAAUGCAGGGCUUUAAUGAAGAGGAAGAGCACUUGCUCUGCAAUUGGUCCAGGAGCCAGAGAACCCAUGAAGGCACAGGGAGCACUGAGCAGAGACAGAAUCGUGCAGGAGUUUGCGGCGUUCCCACCUCGCUGCCACCUCUGGGACACACAUCUGCAACACACACACACACAAAGUUUUUAAUUGACUUCUAUCUAUAUAAAAGUUCUUAUUAGAAAAUCAUAUCCACUCAUUUUUAACAUAAAUUGCAGGAAGUUUGAAAUUAUUUUUGACAGUAUAAUUCACUCUCUGACAUCAGCGGUGACAUCAUUACACUGUAAGGAGGCGUGUCUCCUGAGCGCCAAUAUUACAUAUCUGUGAGUGGCAAAAGUAUGUGAACCUCUAGGAUUAGCAGUUAAUUUGAAGGUGAAAUUAGAGUCAGGUGUUUUCAAUCAAUGGGAUGACAAUCAGGUGUGAGUGGGCACCCUAUUUUAUUUAAAGAACAGGGAUCUAUCAAAGUCUGAGCUUCACAACACAUGUUUGUGGAAGUAUAUCAUGGCCCGAACAAAGGAGAUUUCUGAGGACCUCAGAAAAAGCAUUGUUGAUGCUCAUCAGGCUGGAAAAGGUUACAAAACCAUCUCUAAAGAGUUUGGACUCCACCAUUCCACAGUCAGACAGAUUGUGUAUGGAUGGAGGAAAUUCAAGACCAUUGUUACCCUCCCCAGGAGUGGUUGACCAACAAAGAUCACUUCAAGAGCAAAGGAUGUAAUAGUUGGCGAGGUCACAAAGGAUCCCAGGGUAACUUCUAAGCAACUGAAGGCCUCUCUCACAUUGGCUAAUAUUAAUGUUCAUGAGUCCACCAUCAGGAGAACACUGAACAACAUUGGUGUGCAUGGCAGGGUUGCAAGGAGAAAGCCACUGCUCUCCAAAAAGAACAUUGCUGCUCGUCUGCAGUUUGCUAAAGAUCACAUGGACAAGCCAGAAGGCUAUUGGAAAAAUGUUUGUGGACGGAUGAGACCAAAAUAGAACUUUUUGGUUUAAAUGAGAAGUGUUAUGUUUGGAGAAAGGAAAGCACUGCAUUCCAGCAUAAGAACUUUAUCCCAUCUGUGAAACAUGGUGGUGGUAGUAUCAUGGUUUGGGCCUGUUUUGCUGCAUCUGGGCCAGGACGGCUUGCCAUCAUUGAUGGAACAAUCAAUUCUGAAUUAUACCAGCCAAUUCUAAAGGAAAAUGUCAGGACAUUUGUCCAUGAACUGAAUCUCAAGAGAAGGUGGGUCAUGCAGCAAGACAACGACCCUAAGCACACAAGUCAUUCUACCAAAGAAUGGUUAAAGAAGAAUAAUGUUAAUGUUUUGGAAUGGCCAAGUCAAAGUCCUGACCUUAAUCCAAUCAAAAUGUUGUGGAAGGACCUGAAGCGAGCAGUUCAUGUGAGGAAACCCACCAACAUCCCAGAGUUGAAGCUGUUCUGUACGGAGGAACGGGCUAAAAUUCCUCCAAGCCGGUGUGCAGGACUGACCAACAGUUACCGCAAACGUUUAGUUGCAGUUAUUGCUGCACAAGGGUGUCACACCAGAUACUGAAAGCAAUGGUUCACAUACUUUUGCCACUCACAGAUAUGUAAUAUUGGAUCAUUUUCCUCAAUAAAUAAAUGACCAAGUAUAAUAUUUUUGUCUCAUUUGUUUAACUGGGUUCUCUUUAUCUACAUUUAGGACUUGUGUGAAAAUCUGAUGGUGUUUUAGGUCAUAUUUAUGCAGAAAUAUAGACAAUUCUAAAGGGUUCACAAACUUUCAAGCACGACUGUAUUAUCAGCACAUUACAUGAUAUACAGUCCUGUGCAAAAGUCUUAGGCACAUGUAAAGAAAUGCUGUAGACCAAAAAUGGCUUUAAAAUAAUGAAAUGAAAUGUUUCAACAUUAAAAAACACUAUAAACAGCAGUAAGCCAUAAUAAAUGAAACAAAGUCAAUAUUUGGUGUGAGACAAUCCUUUGUUUAAAAAAAAUAUAUACACUAUAUUGCCAAAAGUAUUCGCUCACCUGCCUUGACUCACAUAUGAGCUUAAGUGACAUCCCAUUCCUAAUCCAUAGGGUUCAAUAUGACGUCGGUCCACCCUUUGCAGCUAGAACAGCUUCAACUCUUCUGGGAAGGCUGUCCACAAGGUUUAGGAGUGUGUUUAUGGGAAUUUUUGACCAUUCUUCCAGAAGCGCAUUUGUGAGGUCACACACUGAUAUUGGACGAGAAGGCCUGGCUCUCAGUCUCCGCUCUAAUUCGUCCCAAAGGUGUUCUGUCGGGUUGAGGUCAGGACUCUGUGCAGGCCAGUCAAGUUCAUCCACACCAGACUCUGUCAUCCACGUCUUUAUGGACCUUGCUUUGUGCACUGGUGCACAGUCAUGUUGGAAGAGGAAGGGGCCAGCUCCAAACCGUAAAAACAGUCUGCAUGCCUAGGUGCUUGAUUUUAUACACCUGUGGCCAUGGAAGUGAUUGGAACACCUGAUUCCGAUAAUUUGGAUGGGUGAGCAAAUACUUUUGGCAAUAUAGUGUAUAUAGUCGUCUCAGGUACAGUGAGUGCAGUUCUAUAAGGAAAUGAGCUGUAGGUUUUACUGAGCAUCUUACAGAACCAGCCGCAGUUCUUCUGGACACUUUGACUGUCACACUCGCUUCUUCAUUUUGCAGCAAAACCCAGCAGCCUUCAUGAUGUUUUCUUUUUUUAAUCUGAAAAGUGAUCUCUUAUGUAAUGUGCUGCUCAGAUACAAACUUUUUUUCCCUGUAACAUUUAAUUUUGUGAUGGAAAACGAACAUUUGGACUCUAAAAUGUUUUUGCACUGACUCAAUAAUGUACAAGUCAUAAAAUAGAAAUCGAUAACAAAGUUUGUAUAAAAAACAGGGUGCCUAAGACUUUUGCACACUGUACUGUAAGUUAAUGUAAUUAGAUAUAAGGUGGACACUUCUUGAAGCUUUUCUGAGAUCAGACCUUCUUUCAUAAUUUCAGAUCCAAACGUUUGCAAAAGCUGCAUUAGUAGAAGGUUUUAAUAAACACUUUUGACAGUGUUAUAAUGAGUUAUAACAGUAUCAUACUGCUAAGUUUUUCUAACAUUCCUCAGGUUUGUAGGGUGCAUUGUGCACAUCGCUAACUGAUAGUCAUUAGUGUAUAUUACCUGUUAGCUCCAUUAGACUUGCAGAGCAACAGCUACACUAUAACAGUAAUGUCCUGGUUGAUCUAUCUGUAAAAACUGUGGGGUGUUUCUGAACCGCUCCUUUAACAUGCACACAGCAGUAAGAGCUGUACUUUAACCCUGACUCUUGUCUUUAUUAAUGCGCCGUUAUAAUAAAGGACAGAAUUAAAAUAUUUUAUUAGAUUAUUUUAGUAUAUAAACCUGGUGUCCGUGUCCUCUUCCGGAAAUGUAUCCACCACGUUAAUGAUGUCCAAACACACCAAACCUACACACAGGAUCUUCUUCUGCUCCAUUUUUCUGUGUGUGUGCGUGUACUGUGUAUCACGUGUGUAGUGUUGUGAGUGGAACAUGGACUUGGGGUGAAAGUUAAACCAUGCCGCGCUCUGAUUGGUCAAAAGAGAGGAAGGGCGGAAGUUUGCUGUCUGGCCGCCAUCUUACCACACCCAUAGCAUUACAUGGUUUUCACAUGACGUCACAGAGUCGGGGAUUCCCUGGUGGCGGCCAUCUUGGGGGGCAAGCUUACCGUACGGGUCACUGAGCACACAUUGUAACGCGCGAGUUACAUUCAUUUAUAAUAUUAUUUACAUUUAUAGUUACAUUAUUACUAUUUAAAGCUAGCAAUGGUGCACACCUGUUGUAUUCAUGGCUUUCGUAAUAAGUCAGGUGAUGACGUCAAGCGGAGCUUUUAUGUAAUUCCCACUGUACGGGAGCACGAAGGCGAGCAAACAAAGAAACUCAGCAUACAAAGGAGAAAUCUAUGGCUUGCGAGAAUCAACCGCAAGGAUUUUCAGCCUUCCAAACACAGCAGAGUCUGCUCCGAUCAUUUUAUAAGUGGAACAUCGACUGACUUGUAUGACACAACCAACCCUGAUUGGGCACCUUCACGAAAACUGGCUGCAGGAAGUGUUAGUCCAGAUCAAAAAGCAACUAUGAAUAAGGUCACCAGGUAUGAGAGGGCUAAAGCCAGGAAAGAAAAGAAGGAGCGGUUUGAAGCAGCUGGUGCACUUCGACAGAUGGCUUCAUUCGUAGAAGAGCCUCAACACUUUGCUGAGUCCACACUAAGUACAUGCAAGGAAGAAACAGUGGAUACUUUUGAAGCAGCAGCUACCUUGCAGAGGGACGAUGUGGAGAAACGGUUACAGACUUCAGUGCAUUUCCAUGAUUACUUUCAGCCUCCGGAAGAGGAAACCAAGAGCACUGGCAUCGGUGUCGUAUCAGAGACCAAUCAAGAGAUGCAGAUAAAUUUCACUUGUGCAGAGCACACAGAUGUUCGCUGUCCCAGUGAAGCUGGAAAGCAGGAUACAGGGAAGAAAAGUAAUCACCCCCUGUCACCUGAUUAUGUGCCAAGCAUUUUCACACACAAAAAGUCGUCUGCAAAACAAAAAAACACAAAAGCAUUGCAGAAGUCUGAAAAGCGACAAAAGCUGAAGAAAAGGAAACGUGGAAGUAGAAAACAAGUUACAGCAGAAUGUGCAGUGCUUGGCCUUCGAGACACUGAUGUAACCACUCCUUCUGAAUGCUCCACGGAUUCCACUGAAUUAUCUCCUGAAGUUGCAGAUCUCAAAGAUGAAGGAAGUGCAGAAGCUUUAGAUGAAAAUGAAGCAUUGCCUUUUGAGCUCCAAUGCAGAAUCCUGAGGAAGGAAAAUCGUACUUUGAAGGAACAACUGAAAAAAUACUUUCUCUGUCCGGAGUCUUUUUCAGAGGACAAUGACAAAGUGGAACAAUUUACAGGUCUUCCAACAUAUGGGAUUAUGAUGGUGACGUUCCAGUUUAUACGGCCUUAUUUAAAUUUAAACAGGAAGUUUUCACCUUUCCGGCAGUUCCUGCUGACAUGUAUGCAUCUUCGACUGAACUUAAACUUACAGUUUUUAGCCUUCUUAUUUUCCAUUUCUUUGGAAACUGCAUCCAGAGUAUUUAGUAACACGUGUGAUGUUAUGUUCUGUCGCCUCGUUCCGGCGCUGGUGAUCUGGCCAGAUAGGAAACAUUUACGGCAAAGUCUGCCAGUUUCAUUUCAACAAAACUUUGAGAAAUGUUGCUGUAUAAUUGACUGUUUUGAAAUAUUUCAGGAAAAACCGAGUGAUGUGGAAACACCGAGAAAAACCUGUUCGCAGAAUAAAAGCCACAACUCUUCAAAAUAUCUGAUCGGUAUUGCCCCACAAGGCGCGGUUUGUUUCGUUUCUCAGGGGUGGGAUGGUCACUGCAGCGACGAACACAUAACAGAACAUUGCGGGUUUCUGGAUGAACUUUUGCCAGGGGAUCUGAUCCUAGCAGACAGAGGGUUUGAUGGAGGUGACGCUGUUGGAUUGCCUUCUGCAAAUGUAAACAUUUCUGCGUUUACUCGGGGAACGUCCCAAAUGAGCGCAUUGGAUGUGGAGGGCACAAGGGCGCUCGCGUCAGCCAGAAUCCAUGUUGAGAGGGUUAUUGGAAUGGUUCGUCAGAAAUACACAAUACUGAGCAAUACUGUGCCCAUAUCUCUUGUACAUUCAAAAGAUAAUGGAAUAACAUCUUUGGACAAAAUAGUACAUAUCUGCUGUGCAUUGACGAACCUGUCUGACCCCAUGAUUCUUUUUGAGUGAAAAAAAAGGACAAAAUUCACUUUUAUUUGAAACCCUCAUUUUAUGGAUUACAUGAUGUCUGAACAGCUACUUUAUUUUUUAUUUGUGUAAUACUUCUGACAAAGACAGCUUAAAAUUCUUUUAACAAUUUUUAGAUGUGAUAAAAAUCAUAAUAUCAAUCACAGUUAAUGUACAUAUUUGAGAAGGAUUUGAUGGAAAUUUUUACCAUACUGCAAAUGGCACAAUUCAGUGUAAUUUGUCAAUAUUAUACAGUGACAGUUUAUAAACAUUGCUGUAUGCUUUAUAGUUUGUAUUAUAAUUUUGACGUGGAAUUCUUGGCAAAA